AUGCCUACAUAUGCCAAGUUCAUGAAGGAUAUCAUUUCUAAGAGGUGUGUCACCGAUAUUAACCCAAUUAUUCUAACCGAAACUUAUAGUGCUAUUUUGCAGGGUAUGAAGAUUCCAAUAAAGAAGAAGGAUCGAGGAGAUGUCACUAUUCCAUGUAGUAUUGGAGAUAAGUCGUUCAACAAAGCUCUUAUUGAUUUGGGAGCUAGUGUGAGUCUCAUGUCAUUAUCUAUUUAUAAGAAGCUUGGUAUAGGGGUUGUGCAAGAUACCAGAAUGACACUCCAAUUCGCCGAUCAUUCAGUCAAGAAACUGUAUGGCAAUGUUGAAGAUGUUCUGGUGAAAAUUGAUAAGUUUGUAUUUCCGGUGGACUUUGUAAUUCUUGAAAUGCCGGAAGAUGAAAAGAUCCCUCUCAUUCUAGGGAGACCCUUUUCGGAGAUGGGAUGGUGCUUGAUAAACAUAGAAGAAGGAACAAUGACACUGAAGGUUUAUGAUGAGGAAUUGAAAAUCGGUGUUCGAAACACCAUGAGGUACAAGGAUGAUAUUUGUACCAGUCAUACUAUAGAGGUUCUGGAUCAGGUGAUGACACAUGAUAACCCUUUGCAUACACCCCAAUCAACUUUGGAAAGAGUGUUGAGUUUGUCCAUUUUCGAGUCGGAUAAAGAGGUGGACAACGGAGAAUCUGUAGUGCUUGCCUUGUUGGACGCACAAACCCCAUGGAAAGGAUCUCGACCACGCCGGUGGGAGGAUUUACGCCUACCGCAAUCUAGUGAGGAGAAUGAAGAACCUAAGAAGGAAACAGAUUUGAAACAACUUCUUGACAAUCUCAAAUAUGUUUUUCUCAAACCUGAAGGAAAGUGUCCUGCUAUCAUAAACUUAAGCCUUCAGAAUAUCUAA